UGGGGCUAGAAAAUUCCACCGAUUCCCGAUUUCACGGUUCGAGACGACCCGAGAGAAUCGACUCUGACAUUCCGAGUUCGUCCAAGGGAAGAGUGGCAAACCAAUUCGACGUCUCCAAAUCGGCCGUAAUUUGCCUCUUGGGCUGUUUUCCAAGCAGGAGUUAAAGUUAAGGGAAAAGUUGGCCCCAGUUGUGGAGCAUUAAUAAUAAAAGUGCGAUCCCCAGGGGACGGAGAGUCCAGGCGAAGUGUCGGUAACGGAAGUGGAGUUGGAGUGAGUUUCUUUCACGGGAGUAAAGUAGAUUUUCUACUUAAAUCGAUCGAGCGACCGUAGGAACGGGUCGGAAGCCGAGGAAAGAAAGCGAGGCUCCGUCGAGCGGAGAAGAAUCGACAAACUGGCCGAUAACCGACGGAUAAGAUGGCGGGAAAAAAGAUGUUGAUAUCGCUGCUCCUGGUGUUCGGGGUUUUCGCGUCGGGGGAGACCUACAGGAUCCUCGGGCUCUUUGCAUUCAACGGGAAGAGCCACUUUGUCAUGUUCGAGAGGCUGAUGAAGGCCCUGGCCAGCAGGGGCCACCAGGUGGACGUUGCCAGCACCUACCCCUUGAAGAAACCCUAUCCGAAUUAUACGGACAUCAUCGUGUUCGAGCAACCUAAUGGGGCUUGGGUGAACAAUCUGACAUUUUCCACUUUGCAGAACGACUUCUUGGUCUUCAGAAUUGCGCCCAUGGUCGGCCAUAUCGGAAAUGACAUCUGCAAGAAUAUGAAGAAUCCCGAUCUACAGGCAAUCGUGAAAAACCCUCCGAAGGACCCUCCCUACGAUCUGGUGAUAUUAGAGAUCUUUGCUGCGCACUGUUUCGUAGCGAUCGGUCACAAAUUUGGCGUCCCGGUGAUAGGAGUGAGUUCUUCCGAUCUGUACCCCUGGGGGAACCGAUUAGUGGCCAAUCCUGAAAACCUCGCCCUGGUUCCGACCAACCUGGCUCCCCAGCUAGAUCUACGGUUCUUCUGGAACAGGUUGACCAACGUGAUCGAUGCCUGGAUCGAUACCGCUGAAUUCGACUACGAAACGACUUCGAUCCAGAACGAGUACAUCAGGAAAUACGUGGGACCGGAUGUUCCUGGGGUCCGUGAGUUGGAGAAAACCAUUGCCUUGAUCCUGGUCAACACCCACAUAUCCAUAAAUGGUAUCAAACCCACAACACCGGCCUUGGUGGAGGUAGGGGGACUGCACAUCCAUGACGACGGUCCUGACCUACCCCAGGACCUGCAACAAUGGCUGGACGAGAGCAAGGAUGGGGUCGUCUAUUUUUCUUUUGGGUCCAUGGUGAGGAUAGAGACUUUUCCUAGGGACAUCCUUUUAGCGAUCUACCAGUCCCUGCGAAAAAUCGCGCCGGUUCGGGUGCUGAUGAAAAUCCCGGAUCCUAGGGACCUUCCACCAGGACUGCCCGAUAACGUCCUGACGCGUCCAUGGAUAUCUCAGCUGAAGGUCCUGAAUCACAAGAACGUGAGGGCCUUCGUAACUCACGGGGGUCUUAUGGGGACCCAAGAGGCCAUCCACUACGCCGUCCCCAUGAUCGGCAUCCCCCUGUUCGCCGAUCAGCACCUCAAUGUCGAUUUCUACGUCGAAAAGAAAAUCGCUGUUAAGGUCGACUACAAGACCCUUACCGUCGAGAAAAUGGACGCCGCCUUGAACGCCAUUCUUUACGAUCCAACUUAUAGGGAGACUGUUAAGGAGCUCUCCGAUAGAUUCCUGGAUCGUCCUCUAAGCGCCGUCGACACCGCAGUGUUCUGGGUCGAGUACAUAAUCAGAAAUGGCGGAGACUCGUUGAGGUCACCAGCUUUAGAUUUGGCAUGGUGGCAGGAGGCACUUUUGGAUGUCUUCGCGGUCUUCUUAUCAGCAAUCUUAGUUCUGAUUUAUUUGGCGUACCUGUUGAUCAGGUUGCUGGCGCGAAUACUCAGGAGGAACCGCCUCAAGGCGAAUUUGUCGAAGAAAAAUAGGUGACCGAUCGUGUUCAAUUAGAAGCACGCUAACUGAAGGAUAAUUAGCACUGGGGGGUUGGAUCUUAUCAUAAGACAAUAACCGAUAAUUUUAGACUAGGACUUAUAAUUUAAGGACGUCGAACGAGGUACUUAAUCACGAAGUUGGGCGACAUCUGCGAAAAUCAUCGACCCAUUUUAAAUAAACCUUAAUCUUCCAUGUCAAUUUUAA